UUAUAUUUAUAUCUUCAGUUUGUUGUUUGCGCCUUAAUUUCCUUUGCCGCGGCUAACCCAGGAUUUGUUCAACCUGUUGUAGCUAAAGUGGGAGCUGUCGUGCAUAGUGCACCAUCUGCUGUUUCUCAUCAAAGUUUCACACAAGUUCAUAGUGAGGCUCAUGUUGUGAGUCCAAUUGUUAAAACUAUUGCUGCUCCAAUUGUGCCAGUAGUGAAAACAGUAGCUACACCCGUUGUCCAUACACAGUAUGUAGCUGCACCUGUGAUUAAAACUGUUGCUCCAGUUGUUCCAGUUGUUAAAACGUAUGCACCUGUAGUGCCCGUUCUCAAAGCUGUUCCAGCACCCAUCUCUUACCAAAGCCAUAACCAAGUACAUCUACGUAAACCUGUAAUUGCUCCAAUUAUAGCUUCGGUUCCAGUGGUGCAUGCUGCUCACUUUGUUCAUUAA